CUCCAUCCACUAAAUACCCUUUGCCUUGCUAGCUCCUCCCACCAUUACCAGUAUUUGUCACUGAAUUUGUAGCUCUCCCUCUCUCUCUCUCUCUCUCUCUCUGCCUCCCUCCAACUAGGGUUUCUCCAUUGAUGGCUCACCAAACAGAACUUUAAUGUUCACAUCAUUCCUUUGCUAAGGCUACUUUAUCUUGGAAGGACAGUACUGAACAGCUUUUGAAAUAGCUCUUGCAAGGGAAAAGGUACUUCCCUUUUUUAUUCAUUUGAUCAAGAAACCUAGAUCACAAACAGUGAAAAUGGCUUCAUCCAGCUCCUACAAUUGUCCCUGUGCUGCCUGCAAGUUCUUGAGGAGAAAAUGCAUGCCAGGUUGCAUCUUUGCACCUUACUUCCCACCAGAGGAGCCCCAAAAAUUCGCCAAUGUUCACAAGAUCUUUGGUGCAAGCAAUGUGACUAAGCUCCUCAAUGAGCUUCUUCCUCACCAGAGAGAGGAUGCAGUUAACUCUCUCGCCUAUGAGGCUGAGUCAAGAGUAAGAGACCCCGUUUAUGGCUGUGUUGGUGCCAUAUCAUUCCUUCAGAGACAAGUUCAAAGGCUCCAGAAGGAACUUGAUGCAGCCAAUGCUGACCUGAUACGCUAUGCUUGCAAUGAAAUUCCCCCGGCUUUGCCUCCACAUCCGGGGCUAAAUCCAGUUCAAUCAAUGGCUCCAGCUCGCUCAAGACCGAUUGAGCUUAUUAGAAGAGUUGACAAUCAAGCAGGAGGGUUUAAUUAUCAACAACCUCUAGCUUUCCCUCUACCUUACCCUUUUCCAUGGAAUGAAAAUCCUUCAGGGAAUACAGACGAAGGAGGCCAGGAUGGUAUGUGAAAGUGAAACAAGGGCUUCCACUCUUUGGGGCAUCAUGACCUGAAGAAAAAUAUUGCUUGCUAUUGGUAUGGUAUAUUAUAGCUAGCUGCACAUGAUGGAGUAGUACUCUAGCUUGUAGCUAGAUCUCAAAGUUCUAAUAUUUCUUAAUUAGUAAUAAUUAAUUAUAAUUUGGUGGGUUUAAGCAGAAGUAGUAGUACUACUACUGCAUAAUAAUUCUGUUAAAACCAAGAAAAAACACUGGAGCUGUAUUUUAUCAGUGUGGAACUUGGGACCUAAAUAAGGCUGUAGAACAUAGAGUACAGCAAGGCUAUUAUUUUACAUCUCUUCUUGUGUCAUUAGUGUACUGAGUCUCUCAAGGC